AUGGACCCUUAUUCGUCUGGAGAAGAACUUGUUGUCAAGUCAAGGAAACCUUAUACAAUCACUAAGCAACGUGAACGAUGGACAGAGGAGGAGCACAAUAGGUUUUUAGAUGCUCUUAAGCUCUAUGGACGUGCUUGGCAGCGCAUAGAAGAACAUGUAGGAACCAAGACUGCUGUGCAGAUCAGAAGUCAUGCACAGAAAUUUUUUACAAAGCUAGAGAAAGAGGCUCUUAUUAAAGGAGUUCCAGUAGGACAAACUGACAUUGAGAUUCCUCCUCCACGUCCUAAAAAGAAACCAAGCAAUCCUUAUCCAAGAAAAACAAGUGGAGGAGCUCCUACUUCACAGACAGAAAUGAAGGAUGAGAAAAUGUCGGCCCCUGUUUCUUCUUUGUAUGUGCAUAAAACCACACUAGACUUGGAGAAAGAACCAGUUCCUGAUGAGAAACAUGGUGAUGAUGGAAAGAUGGGAAACGCUAAGCAGUACCAAGAUAAGGACAUUUGCUCUGGGACCGUGACCCUUCUCAAGACAGUUCCUUGUACCUCCCCAUCUUCAACAAACAAAAGUUCUUUGACAACAUCAGUUGGACCUAAAAACUCAUACUGCGAAUUUCUCCUGAGCCCUAAAGAGGCAAAUAAUGAGGAUGAAACGACUGAAUCCCAUAUCACCAUUGAACACAAAGGACAUCAGAAAGAUAAGUUUGAUAACAGCAAGCUGUCUCAGGAUUAUGGCUUAUAUAAAACUUCAAACUUUGGAAAUGUUCAACUUUUACAUGAGAAAUUUGUACAAGGUAAAGGACCAGAUGAGCUGAAUCGUUCCAAAAAUGCUGAUGUAUUUCCAAACAAUGAUGUUCAAGCCUCUCUGCACUAUCCUCGACAUGUUGCAGUUCAGAUUCUUGAUGGGAACUCAAGAAUGAAUAACACUUCCCCAGACACACAAUAUACAGAACCUAUGUUUCAUCAAAUGGGUGGAUUUAAUGGACACCCGAAUCUAUUCAUGAAUCCUACUUCAUCUGCUGCUUCUGAACAUCAAACAGCGCAUGCCGCUGCAAGCUUUGCAGCUACGAACUGGCCAUGUAGAAACAUGGAAGCUCCAGCAGACCACCCUGCAGAAGGAUUUCAGUCAAGGCAGAUAAGUUCAGCUCCUAGUGUGGCAGCAAUUGCUGCAGCUACAGUAGAAGCUGCAACUGCAUGGUGGGCAGCCCAUGGCUUACUCCCAUUCUGUGCGCCAUUUCACUCGGGCUUUACUUGUUCUCCGCCAUCAGCAUCGACAAUUCCAAUGGAUACUAGUAAAGAUAGAGCAGCUAAUACUGAAAGAGGAGAAAACCCUCCUGAUCCUGCCCCCUUAGGCAGUCAACAACUAGAACCAGUGUGCUCUGAGGCUUUGCAAGAACAACAUUCAGCUUUGAAGUCACCAAAAUUAUUGUUGUCAGAUUCUGUGGAAAGUGAAGGUGCAAAGCCGAAUGUUGGAUUAACUACUACUGAAACUGAACAAACUGCAGAUGAAGCUAUGCUGAAUGAUUCGAACAAGUCAAACAGCAGAAAGCAGGUGGACCGCUCUUCAUGUGGAUCCAACACACCUUCCAGCAGUGAAGUAGAUGCGGAUGCUUUGGAGAACCAUUCUAAAGGAAAAGAAGAGAAGAAUGUGAAAGAUAAGGAGUCAAAAGAACCUGAUGUAAAUCAUUUAGCUCUUGACUCCACUAGUCAACGUUGUAGAAGCACCAGCAAUAUAAGUGAUUCUUGGAAGGAAGUGUCUCAAGGGGGACGACGGGCUUUUCAGGCUCUCUUCUCUAGAGAAAUAUUGCCACAAAGUUUUUCCCCACCCCAUGAUUUAGACAAAAAGGAUUUCAUAAAUAUCGAUAAGGAUAUAGAAAGUGCACAAGAGAAAGAAGAAGAUGGAUUGCAGUUAGACCUUAACAAUAAGAUGUGGGGUACUUCUUCUCGGAAGCUAGGAAUGGAAAAUAAUGCUACUUUGAUUGGUGAAAACAAAGAAGAGGGGCUCCUGAGUAUGGGACUUGGAUAUGCAAAGCUAAAAGCUCGUCGAACAGGGUUUAAACCUUACAAAAGGUGCUCGAUGGAAGCAAAAGAGAGCUGGGCACAGGCCAAUGGCCAGGAAGAAGAGAAAGGCCCCAAGAGAAUACGCCUAGAAGGAGAGGCUUCUACCUAA